GUUAACAUCUUGUUGAGGAAGGGGUUCUCGCCUAGUGUUUCUACAGGUUUUCCCCAGAUAUCUCGUGGCCAUUUAUGAUUCCUGGUGCACUCUUCAAUCAAUUAUUCCCUUACUUUUCAGCUGUCCAGUUACGCCAUAUCUCAUGAGUCAUAAACUCAUCCUGUGCUUUGCUUCUGUUUUUUAAAUUCAAUUCGCGAGGCUUUUUGACAAAGGUAAAAGACAGCAUCACAAGCCCCCAACGUUCACUUGCGAGUUUGAACAUUUUAUAGCCGUUACACACGCCCGUCCAUUCCCGAGCUCUCCGCAUUUAAAAUUUCCAACGCCGCCCUGCUCCACCACCACCUACAGAAGCCAUCAAUCUCUGCACCCUCAACUCACCAUCUCCAACGACAGCAGCCGCCGGCGAGCUCGACCACCAGAUUCCGAUGGCCCUCCGUGCGCUUGACAAUACGCUUCCCGCCGCAGUGGAGGAGCGGCCCAAGAAGGUCCACAAGCUGGCCGCCGCCCCCGCCGCGCCGGCUGCCUCCCCCGGGAGCGGCAAGAAGAAGAAGAAGAACGACGAGAACUCGCCCCCCAGGGCCACGGCCGCGGCGGUGGAGCAGGCUGUGGAGUACAUCCCGUCGGAGGAAUUAGAGGCGGCGACCAACCCCAAGGCCAAGGCUGCGGGCUUGGUCGCGGAGCUGGACUCCAAGGACUGGGUCAGGGUCUGCGAGGCGCUCAACGACGCGCGCCGCCUCGCGAUCCACCACUCCUCCUUCCUGAAGCCGGUCCUGGAGAAGGCGAUGCUGGCUAUCGUGAAGACGAUGAAGAACCCACGCAGCGCAGUGUUAAAGACGUCCAUCAUGGCCUGCACCGACAUCUUCAACUCCUUCAGCAACCUCCUCUCCUCUGCCUCCGACGAGGCCUUCGACAAGCUGCUGCUCCAGCUCCUGCUGAAGGCAUCCCAGGACAAGCGGUUCGUGUGCGAGGAGGCCGAGAAGGCGAUGCGCGCGAUGGCGGCAACCAUGCCUCCGCUCCCCCUGCUCAAGAAGCUGAAGGCGUACGUCCACCACGCCAACCUCAGGGUCAGGGCCAAGGCUGCCGUCGCCAUCUCCCACUGCGCCUCCAGGAUGGACAUUGAGGCUAUGAAGGAGUUCGGGAUGUCGGCGCUCUUGAAGGUGGCGGCCGAGCUGCUGAACGACCGGCUGCCGGAGGCGAGGGAGGCCGCCCGGAGCGUGGUGGGCUCUAUGCACGCCGCGUUCGCCAAGGAGGCCGCAGCGAGGGAGGAGGACGGGCCCUCCGUGGCCGCGUCCUGGGAGAGCCUCUGCUCGCUCAGCCUGCCGCCCAUGUCCGCGCAGGCCGUCGCCAAGAUCGCCUCUUCGCAGUAACCAGCCGUGCCGCGCUGCUGGUUUGGCUUGGCUGGUUCAGAUUCUGCUGCUCUGCAUGCACCAUGCAGUGAGAGGCAACUUCUUGCCUUAGUCUUCAGUUUGAUGUGUUUGCCGAUGCUUAUGUUUGCUUAUACAUGCUAUCUCGCAUGGUUUCAGUGUAUUCCUUUGUUUUACGAGUAAUAGCAUAAAACAGUUGGGUUUGCUUGAUCU